AUGGUGUCGGGAGGCGGAGACACGUCAGACAGUUUCGCCCGGUUGUCAUUCCCCUGAGGAAAAAAGAGGGUGUGCGUAUAAUCUACCUGGCCGCGAUCACCUUGCACCGUCCGUGUUCAUGUUGGUCGUCGAAUUCCACUUUUCCGAAGACGCGAAACGCUGGCUUCUCUCAGAAGUAAGACGGAGAAGGCUCUACAGGAUGCCAAGAAGAUCCUGACUCGCAGUACCAGGAUGAGCGUGACGUCAUGGUUUCUGGUCAGCAGCUCGGGCACGCGCCACCGGUUGCCGCGGGAGAUGAUCUUUGUCGGCCGGGACGACUGCGAGCUAAUGCUGCAGUCUCGAAGUGUGGACAAACAGCACGCUGUGAUCAACUAUGACCCCAACGCAGAUGAGCACAUGGUGAAGGAUCUGGGCAGCUUGAAUGGGACUUUCGUGAAUGACCUCCGCAUUCCUGACCAGACGUACAUCACCCUCAAGCUUUCAGAUGUCAUUCGCUUUGGUUAUGAUGCUCAUGUAUAUAUACUGGAGAAGAGUCAACACAAGGUGCCAGAGGAGGCUCUCAAGCACGAGAAGUACACCAGCCAGUUGCAACUCAGUCUCAAAGCCCUGGAGGCCCGGGUGAAGGACAAACAGCAGGUUCACAACCAAGAGAAGAGCAAAGAUCUUAUUUCCAAUGCUAAGCUACCUCAGAAGGGCGAACGCAAAGCGCUUUCGCUUUCAGCUACUACAGAUACACUAAUAUCCAAGCCAACUCCUCUUUAUGGCCAACCAUCGUGGUGGGGGGAGGAUGAGGAUCCAGCCACUAAAAUCCAGAACCGAAGCGGAAAAUCCACACACCUACAAACACCAGACUCUGGUAAGGAUGUUCCCAGGUAUGAGCUUCGCAGUUCUUUGUCUGACAAUCAAGGCAAGUCCAUCUUUUCCUACCGCCAAGAACCCAGCUACUUUGAGAUCCCCACAAAAGAGUUACAGCAACGGCCGUCCAAGCCACCAGACUUGCAAGUUCAUGAGGUUCCAACUAAGGACACUCAAGAUCAAGACCAUCUCCCACCCACCCCGACGCCUCCCGUGGUCCAAAGCCAUGCCUCCUUCACUAUCGAGUUUGAUGAAUGCACCCCAGGCAAAAUGAUGAUCAAGGACCAUGUCACUAAGUUCUCCUUCCGUCAGCAACGUAAGCCUCCUCCUGCUGAGGGUGUGACCGCUCCUACCGAGGUGAUGUCAGCUGAAAGUAAGGUUGCUGACUGGCUGGUUCAAAGUCCCACAAACAUGAUGAGGAGAAGAUCCCAGGGUGAAAACAUCUUCAGUGGCAACAGUGAUCCAUCACUUCUGAAGACUGUCAAGGUCAACCAAUAUGAAAAAGUCAUCGGUGCAGAAGAUCCCACAGUCAAUGAGCAGACUUUGCUGCCAUCACAAUCUCCAGUUGGCUACCAGAUUUCAUCGCAGCUCCAGAGAGCCUCCCCUCCUGAGCGCUUCACUGACUCAGAGCAGCCCUCUUCUUACUCUCCUCCAGAGUCUCAAUCCGGUACCGGCAAGGCAGAUCCUCACCAAGCUUUUGUCAUAGAAUUUUAUGAGCAUUCUGAUGAUAACCCCCGAAGGAAACGGUCCCUGACUAACUCGUCAGAGCAUUCAAACCUUAGGCUCCAUCUCGAAAAACCCAGGAAAAGCACAAGUCCAGCCGGUGAGAGGCAAGUCCAGUCUGGAGCCUGUCGCACUCCCCCAUCCCAACGGUACACUAUUCCCCUAAAAGGGUCCGCUUCCUCUGGUUCCCAAAGAAGUGGCUCUCUGCGACGGGAAAAGACAGAGGAACGAAUCAGCACUGGUUUUUCAUCAAGGUCAUCAUCCGGCAUUUCUGUCAAGCCUUUUAGCAGUGUUGGCCGAAGAUCCAAAUUAGCAAAGGAAUUUACAACCGCAUGGCUCAAAGAGAAAAAGCAGACGUCUUCUUCCAACGAGGAGAAAAAAUCAUUUAUCCCUCCAACAAAACCUGAAACUGAAACUUCAGUAGUCCCACAGCUUGAUCAGACUCUCAGCAGCCCUACUAUGGUUGAUCCUCCCUCUCUACCCAAGACAUCCUCUCCCAUCCACCAGCCCGUUCCCCUCAAGGUCCCGACGAUGCCUCUCGUUUGUCAGAGUGGAGAGGUCAAGGGGACCCAAGGAGGCCCUAGAAAGGCAGAGGAGGACACUUUGAGCGAUGCGGGAACCUACACCAUCGAAGCAGAUGCCGCAGAUAAGGAACUUGAAGACGCCCGCAACAAAAUUGAUAAGGUGUUUGGUGUUGUUGAGAAUCCAGUGGGAACCAAUCACAUUGAAGCAGAUACAUCAGCCACAUUUAAACCUGUUAUUGUUGAGAGCAGGGAGCUCCAUAGGCAGAGUAACAAUGGGGAGGUGAGGCCUGCUCCGCAACAAGGAGCAAGUGGGGUGAAGGUUCAGAUGGCAAGCGCAGUGAUGCAGGGAGCUCCAAAAUGGAUGUCUUGCUGGGCGAGCUUGGUCGACGUGGAGCCUGGUCCUUCGUCUGGCCACUUUAAUAGGUCGGCCCAGAUGGGGUUGUCAGGAGGAGCACGGACCACAAUCACAGCCAAACUCAACCAAAAUCAUGACAGCGUCGACUCCGAAGGCCCAAGAAGUCAGCGCAUCCUGAAGGAGAUGACUGAUGCUCCAGCACCCAGCAUUCAUAUUCACUAUGAGCCGCAUUCGACAUUUGUUGUGGAAGAAAGCAGCUUGGUGGCCACCAGCACUUCUGACGUUCAUCGAUUGUCAGUGCAGGAUGAUUUGGACCCUGAUAGUCUGAGCGAUGCCAGCAAGUCUGACGACGGUUCCAUCGUAGAGCAGCGAAGGGGGCCGCCGUCAGACACAGGAAAGGGAAAUAACGAGGAUGAGCUCAGGCAAUCUCAAAAAUUAAACACGUUCUACAUUGAUUCAGAUGACUCCCCCGAACCAGAAAAUGGAGCCUCAAACUCUCUCAACAAUAUUGAAAAGACUGAGAAAAAACGAUCUCCUAAAACCUUCUCAACAGCCACGUUGACCAAGCGUAAAGGGGGACAGGAUUCAGGAAAAGUCAGGCCCAGCAUGUCUGCUCCUAUUCUGGUCCAGGAAACGCAAAGCUCUGACUCCAAGGACAGCUCAACAUCCUCCUUAGUCAGACAAGAGAGCUUCACUAUGGCGCAGCCGAGCAGUGCCAGACUGCCCAACAUCUCUUCUCACGGAGAACUUGAUCUUGACUCAUUCCAGCAAACCUCCAACCAGGACACUCAUACUUACCUCAAAGACACUGAGGAUGUGCUUGCUCUUCUGGAGGCCAAGAUCCAAGCAGGCCAAUCUGAAACCGCAGCUUCUCCUGUACCAAACUCCCUCUCCGGGGAGUCUGAUGUGGAUUCCUCCAGUACAGUCAGCCAGCAGAGCAAUAAGACCAAGUCCAACCCGCUGACUAGAAAACCUCCGCUGAAUGUGCUCCAAAGGGAAAGAUCUUCGGGUAGUAUAUCCAGUCUCCUCUCAAACUACCAGUCUUCGGUUUUGCCUCAACGACCAGAAAAAAGCGAGGCCCUCAGGAGACCAGUUGGACUAAGGCGUAGUAUUGGCAAAUGUGGUUCUGCAGACCUGAGUGACGACCCUCAGUGCUCCAAUGUUCCGUACUCUGAUCAGGAAUCCACACACACCCAGAAAAAAUACACUAAACCCCUUCAGCGGGACGACGGCAAGAGUUCAAGGGUGACCCAAACGUUGAGCCGUGUCAAUAGCUUCUCAGCACCAAGACCCACACGGGCAUCCAUGCUCAGGCGAGCCCGCCUUGGCGACGCCUCCGACAACGAGACCACAGAGACAGAACGGCUCUCCCAGGAGGCGGCUAAUGCCCGCGCUAAAGAAACCAAGAAACUCUCCAAGUGGGAUAUGCUAGCCAUGCCUCGCCGCCGGACCAGCUCCUUCCAUGCAACCAGUGACACAGAGAACUCCGCCGCUUCACAGUGGGCAGGAAAGAACCCGAACCGUACUACAGAAUCUGGAAGCACCAGGACAUCUGCUGUCGGGCCAAAACCUGGCGAAAGACCGCUAAAGGCCUCUCUCACAAAAACACCCAUCACCCGUGGACGCUCCAGCAGCGCCAAAUAUGCCAGCAGCACAGCGAGCUCCCGGAGACGGCAGAAAGGUUGUGGCUAUACCUCCACGUCAGAUGAGGAGUACGACUCCAAUCACAUCACCCCUAAACACAAACGCUCCCAACCUUCCUCAGCCUCCCACAGUCCGCACCGUCCGCCUCGGCCCCACCCGGUGGUUCCGCCGCACCCCAAAAUCCAAAGCAAGGAUUCUGAAGAGCAGAACCAGGACGGGGAGGACUUGAACAACUGGUCCACCCACAGUGCCGAGAUUGCGCGCUUGAGUCAAGACCUGGCCAAAGAUCUCGCCAUCUUGGCCCGAGAGAUUCAUGACGUCACAGGAGAAGGUGACUCGCAGAAUUUGACGGCGGAGAGUAGCGUACCUGUUUCUGCAGUGACUGCUCAUGAAAAGCUUGUUCAGCGGAUACCAGAGAUGGGAUUGAACUAUCAGAGAGUCCCGCCACGUACUUCAUCAGCAGAACCUUACCCAAGCGACCAGGAUGUGAACUCCGAACUGCAACCUCACAACAUAGAGCAGGUCGCCGUGCAGGACCCCAUGCUGAACCCUGUGUCGCAGGUCAUCAUGGCCAUCCGAGAGAACACGGAACAGCUUUCUGAGAAGAUCAAGGUGCUGUUUCAUGACAAGAUGGAUGUUUGGGAACAAAUAGAGGCGGAAGUUAAUUCAAAUAGCGAUGGGCCUGUUGUCAAGGCAUCUAACAAGGAUAUUACAUCUAUUUUGAAAGAACUGAGAAGAGUUCAAAAACAGCUUGUGGUCAUAAAUACGGUCGUGGAGCCCAGUUGGCAGCCGGACGCUCAUUCCUCUGAGUCUGAGGUCACCUCCUCACAAGGGGGUCACUUUUCCAGACCCGCGGGGUCAAGGGACUGGAGAACGGUCCACUCUGUCUCCAAGCGAGGUGGUGGUCGGAGGCCCGGGGAAAGUGUGCGGAGGGCUGCCGUGACGCCGGAAGAUCUCCGAGAGGGACGCUUGGUUUGACAUCGGGUCGGCCUCAGUGUCACAAACACAGGUGCCAUGCGUUGAAGGCAGGAAGUGAAAUCAAGCAAGGUGAAAAGUGGAAGUGAGACACACGCACUGCUGAACUUUGAGUGCUGCACAUAGAUUAUGUGGAACACAGUAAAACAGUCUGAGGAGGACUUCCUGAAACGAUUUCAUGAUGAAAUGCCCUCAACACUAGUUGAUUGUAUUUGCCAGUAAUUUGACCAAUUCAAGUGACAGUUUUCGAGUCAAAAAAAAAAUUAACACCCUGGGACGAAUCAACUCGGGGUACCCGACAAAAAAAAUCUUUUUGUGUUCAUUGUAGAAUCUUAUUUUAAUUUUAAGCAUGUGUGACCUGCUCUUGCUGGCAUUUUUUUCCUUUCCAGAUGUUCUGUCACAUGUAUGCAUUUUGACCAGAUCUAUGCAAUAACGUCAAAUACGUAUUUAUAUUUUGUACAACAAUCAUGCAUUUUCUCCCAGAUGUUAUGUUUUCAGGGAGUUAGUGAUCAGUUAUUCCUUCCAGCCGAAUAAAAGGAAGGCAACCAAAUAGCACGAGCGACUGUAAUAUCCUCAGUCGUCAUGCAUUUAAUGUGCUGUCGUUUCUGAGCAAAACGUAGUUUGUGAUUUGAUUCUACUACCAAUUACCUCUAUGGGGCUUUUGCACUAAAGUAGCGCCACAUUCGCCUUUUAUCCUUGCUUUUCACCUGUGCGACAACAGGAUGAAAGUACCGCGGUUCACCAGCAGGUUGAUGUUCUUCCUCUUCCACGUAGCGUGCCAUUGCGAAGCUCUUGCAAGUUGCCCCUAAGCUAUGUUGGGAUGCUUCUCGCAGCCCGGCAAGAUGUUUACAAGUGAAUGUGUGACGCAUUGCUGCUAAUCUGCUUUGAUGGGAUAGUUGGCUUUAAUCCCAACAAAGUCCUUAUAAACCUACAAAGCUGAAAUGUAAACACUGUGUCAAUCUGUUUCGUGACUGUUUUGUUGAUAAAGAAUCACAUUUUGUUGUCUUUUUGGUGUUUUAUGUUAUGUCAAGCAAAUUAUGAGGGUCCUUUUCUAAUAAAUUGAAUUUCAAAGUA